UUUCAUACAACAAUCCAUUUUCGUCCCUUCAAUAAUAUCACAACAACCUGCAACUUUCUUUCUUUAAAAAAUAUGACAGAAAUAAUUGUCUCUGUUAUUGCUGAGAAACUCUUGAGUAAGUUGAUAUCUCUUAUUUUCAAUCAAGUCUCCUUGGCAUGGGGUGUCAAAAAUGAUGUACAAGGGCUUGUUGACACCUUAAAUACCAUUAAAGUUGUUCUCUUAGAUGCUGAGGAGAAACAAGUUCACAAUCAGCACUUGAUAGUUUGGUUGGGAAAGUUGAAAGAGGUUUGCUAUGAUGUAGAAGAUAUUUUAGAUGAUGUUGAGGUGGAAGAUCUACGUAAGCAAGUGGUUAAUCAUCAGAGCAUUACAAGAAAGGUACGCCACUUUUUUUCCUCUUCAAAUCCAAUGGCUUUCCGUUUUACAUUGGGGCAUAAAAUUAAGGAGAUUAGAAAGAGGUUGGCAGAAAUAGCAGCUCAUAGGAAUAAUUUUAAUCUCAUUGAGAAAAUUGGUAGUAAUCAUGUUAUUGGUUGGGAGACGGAAACACACUCUUUUGUGCAUGUUUCAGAUGUUAUUGGUAGAGAUAAAGAUAAAAAGAUGGUUAUUGACUUCUUAUUGCAUCCAGUGAUGGUCAUAAAAUCUUUCAAUCAUUCCUAUUGUUGGGAUAUGAGGUCUGGGAAAAACCACACUUGCAAGAUUUGUGUAUAUUUGCAACUGGGCAACAAUAUAAUCAUAAGAGUAUAGACCAAUUACAAACAAUCCUACAUGACAUGAUAAGAGAUAAAAAAUAUUUGUUAGUUCUGGAUGAUGUUUGGAAUGAAAACUAUGAGUCGUGGUGUGAUUUAAGAAAUUUACUAGCACAGUGUAUUAGUAGAAGUAAAAUCAUAGUUACUACACGUAGUGAUCAAGUUGCUUUAAUUACGGGCACCGUAUCUACAUACAAGUUGGAAGGUCUUUCUCUUAAUAAGUGCUUGUCAGUGUUUGUUAAAUAUGCAUUUAAAGAAGGACAAGAAAAACAACAUCCCAAACCUGUUGAGAUUGGAAAAGAAAUUGUAAAAAAAUGUGGAGGUGUUCCAUUGGCAGUAAGAGCAUUAGGAAGUUUUCUCUAUUCCUUAACUUCUGUACAAGACUAGAUAAAUGUGCGAGAUAAUGAGAUAUGGAGGUUGGAUCAAAAGGAAAAUAGCAUUUUUCAUUCUCUAAAAUGAAGUUAUAAUCAUUUGUCACCUUCUUUGAGACAAUGUUUUCUCUAGUGUUCUAUAUUUCCAAAAGACUUCCCAUUUUUUAGUAGUGAUUUGGUUAACUUUUGGAUGGCUCAUGGGCUUCUCCAAGCCCCCAAUAAAAAUGAAGAUUUGGAAAAUAUUGGCAUGCAAUAUAUGAAAGAAUUAAUGCGGAAAUCUUUCUUUGAAGAUAUUGAAGAGUUUGAUAAUGGUGUCUAUUCAUUUAAAAUACAUGAUCUAAUGCAUGAUGUUGCCACAUCAUUUUUCCAAAAUGAGUGCUUAAUAGUGAAAGAGAGUGACCAAAUUGCUUCCAAAACUCAUUGACAUUUAUCAUUUUAUCUUGUUGAUCAAAACAUUGUACAUAGCUUGAGUAAUGUGAGAAGCAUUAUGUUUUCUUCAAAUAUUGCAAUUAGCCAAUCAUUUUUAGAAUUGCUUAUCUUAAGAUUUCAAUUGUUGCGGGUAUUAAACUUAUUUGGUCUAAGUUUUCAAGUAGUGCCUAAAGGAAUUGGUAAUCUGAAGCAUUUGAGAUAUUUGGAACUAGGAGGAAACCCUGAAAUGAAAAAACACCCGAGUUCCAUUUACAAGCUGCAAAAUUUGCAACAUCUAUCACUGCUCAAUUGUGAGCCGCUAGAUAGGUUACCAAGAGAAGUAAAGUACUUAACUAGUCUUAGACGGUUUGACUUAACAACAAUUCAAAAGAGUCUACCAAAGGGUGGAAUUGGCUGCUUGAAUUCUCUUCGAUUUUUAUUGAUGUUCAAAUGCAGCAAUUUAGAAUAUUUGUGUGAAGAUAUUGGUUGCCUGGGAGUCCUUCAAAGACUCUGGAUUUUUUAUUGUCAAAGUCUUGUCUCAUUAUCAAGAGGUGUAAGAAGCUUAAGCUCAUUAGAAGAUCUUCGUUACCGAAGUUGCGCAAGCCUUAAUCUUGAUUUGAGCACAGGAUCAGAUAAGCAAGGCAAUCAUGAUGAACCCAAUUUUACAGGGCCUCACCUUCGAUUUCUUCUUAUUGAGAAUUUACCACAACCGGUGGAAUUGCCCCAAUGGUUUCUUCAGUGUUCUACGAACACUUUGAGUAAACUAAGGAUUAGUGGCUGUCCUAACCUAACGGAAAGAUGCAAACCAGAAACAGGUGAAGAUUGGUGCAAGAUUGCUCAUAUCCUGAUUAUUGAACUUGACGGAGAGAUUAUCAAGUCAACCGAAAAUUAGGGAAAACUUGAAUCAGAUGUGAGGGGUUAUUCAUUUUAGUUCUUCAAUGUAUUAAGCAUUGACGUGGGAUCUAUCGUCUUCAAGUUUUUCAGGACUCAUGGAGAUUCAGCAGAAUGGGGCAGUUAGUAAAGCAUAUAUUCCUCUUAAUGUCCUUGGAUUGAGCUGUCUUCAGAGAAACUUGGCCUAUAAUAAGAGUGCUCCACACUGUAAGCUGCUUCUUUUUCCGGUGUUUGAUUUUUUUUCUAUCAUUUGGCGUACUGCAAUAUUUCCUUUCUUAGCUGAUUCAUUCGAUACUGAUCAAUCUUCCUUUCCCUCUGGAUAUCUUAGAAAUGUUGUGAUCAAUGUUAGCAUGCCAUCUGACAUCAAAGAGUAUAAAAGUUUACAGACAAUGUUUCUUGGAAACAAUGGCCUAUCAGGAACCAUUCCUCAGCAAAAGGCUGUAUAUCUUAAAAACGUGUAUCUAGUGACCUCAAACAUCAGUAUUCACCCUGGAUUGAAUUGUCUGCAGAGAAACUUCCCCUGCAAUAAGAGUGCUGCAUGCUAUACAAGUUUCGCAAUCUAUUGUGGUGGGGAAGAAAUGAAAGUUGAUAGCAUGGUGUAUAAGGCUGAUAACAAUGAUAUUGGUGGAGCUUCUUCCAAUCUACUUGAUGCAGAAAAAGGGGCAAUUAUUGAUGCCAAUUUGUUUUCUGAUAGACAACAACAGAUUCAACACACAUGUUCAAAAUACUAGCUCACAAGUGACUGGCACUGCAGCCCCAAAGCUUUAUCAGUGUUCAAGGCAAUCCCCUGGAUCACUUGGAUAUUAUGGACUUGAGUCUGGAGAAUAAACCUUACAAUGUAGGCUUGUCCUUUGUUGAGGCAACUUUUUGGUAAUUAAAGCUCACAACAAAGAUAUGUCUUGGAAGGCAUGCUAUUUAUAUCUAUGUUCAGGGAACUCUCCAGUUAAAAAAAUUUGGCAUAUCAAAAGAAGCAGGCGAAAAUAGGAAAACAGUGACAACGAAAUGUAAUGUUAAUGUAUCUAAGAACUAUCUUGAAAUCCAGCUUUCUGGGUUGGUAAAGGGAUUUUGUUGCAUACCUACAGGAUCAGAGGUUGUUUGCUGAGGUUGAAUGGAUUCUGCAUCUGCUUCAGCUACUGGAUACCUGGGAAUAUAGUCAUUUGCGUGUAAUGAAUUUGUAAUGACAGUGUAAUUGUAAGCAAAGGAAAGCUAUAAUGAAUUAUUAUAUUUAAAUGA